AUGUCUGGGCGAAAGAUGGCUCUUGGCUUGGCUUGCCUUUCGGGUCAAGUAACAUGGUUAAGUGCCCUCGGCAGACAGGUAUUGACAUUGAUGGUUUUUGUUUCAGGUGACCAGACCAAUCAGCAUGACCGAGACCGGCAUUCGAUGGCAAAUCGCGAGCCACCUGCAGGCAGUGAGCCAGCUGCAAACUCUGCUGAAGGCUCCUCGAUCCCAAGGACUGCCUAUCAAGAGCUCCUCUCUUCGCAUCAAGCUGCAGCUGGUUCUUGGGAUUCGAAGGAGGACACAUCUCACAGUGCGUCUGGCAGUGCCGUGUGCAAUACCGACCUGGCGGUUGAGGAGGAGGUUGCAACUUCCACAGUCCCUGCGUCGGGCGACCCGGGAACCAACAGAGAUGACGAGCACGAAAGCCCGGCAGAUCCGCUCAAUCCUGCCUGCCUUGUGCGGAAGGACUCAUACAAGGACCUCAAGGCUGUGAGGGUGGUUGCGGUCGUUUUCACUGGAAGACGCGAUCGCAUGCGCAUCCUGAUGCGCUAUCUCCGUCGCGAUCUUCGCAAGCACGGCGGCGUGGUUGACAAGAUCGUGUUCGCCCUGUGGCAAUACACCGCAAAGGACCUGGCGUACGCCAAAGAGCUGAUGAGUUCAGCUGAUGGGGCCCAAGGAACUUUCGAGAUCCAGGACUUCUCUGAGCAGCGCUGGGGUCGCACUCGCAUGGAUGCCGACCCGACCUCAAAACGCAUGGUCCAGCUCUACCAGAGCAUGAACGAGACCGAAACAGUGUAUGUGAAGGUGGAUGAUGAUGUGGUCUACAUUGCCGAGCACGCCAUUGCCGAAUUGGUUAGGGAAAGGUUGCGACAGCGCUGCCUUUUUGUUUCGGCCAACGUCGUGAACCAUGCUAUCAUGUCAGCUUUGCACCAAGACCGAGGCGCUCACCGGGGCUUUUGGCCAACAGAGGAGCAGCAGAGAAAUCCCGCUUUGCGCCUGCCGUGGGCAAAGCGAGAGGAUAUCAACACCUCGCCAGAUUUCCGGAUUGAGCGUUUUCCUGCCUCACGCUGCGUGGUGGAGCGUUGGGACUGCGCCGCUCUUGUGCACGAGAGCUUCCUGGACCGCGCAGCAGACAACACCCUGUGCGUGUUCAACUUCGGAUGGCAUGACUUUAAUCGUGUGGGCUACAGAGAACACCGGUACAUUCACCGGUCUCCUAGCAUCAACAAGGAAUACUGGACGCAGGGGGCAAGGUGGAGCACGAACUUCUUCGCAUUCAAAGUGGAAGACCUGGAUGGCGUGAACUGGAGCAACGUGCAUGGCAAGGGGGAUGAUGAGGAGGAGUUUACUGGCCCGCAUUCUGAAAGAAGAGACCGACACUCCUGCGCUGUCGGUGCUGCCUUGGUGGUGCAUUUUUCGUACGGGUCGCAGGAGGAGGGCCUCAUGGCCUACACAAAAUUGCUAAAGCGCUAUGACAAGUUGUCACGGCGAGUUUCGAAAGUUUGGGCCCCAGGUGCGAGAGUUGAAAGUGGUUGGUUGGGAUGUCCCCCCUGA